UUCAAAAAAAUAAUUAAUUUUUAGGAUCUUGUCAAGCAUAAGCAUACCUUAAAUGGCUUCUUCAAGUUUAAACGUUCACAACGAGAGUUACCGGUAUGAUGUUUUUUUGAGCUUCUGUGGUGAAGACACCCGCAAGACCUUUGUUGAUCAUCUUUAUGUUGCGUUUGAGCAACACAGUAUUUGCACUUUCAAGGAUGACGAGAGACUCAAGAAAGGAAAAAGGAUCAGUGAUGAGCUCUUACAAUCCAUUGAAGACUCCAGACUCUACAUUAUUGUUUUUUCCAAAAACUACGCAUCUUCAUCAUGGUGCUUAAACGAGCUUCUGAAGAUCAUGGAGUGUCAUAAGAUGAACGGGCAGACUGCUUUCCCCGUGUUCUAUGAUGUGGAUCCCUCUGAAGUCCGAAAACAAACUGGAUCAGUUGGGAAAGCCUUUGCCAUACAUUCAAACAAGAAUAAAUUAGAGGUUGAAAAAUGGAGAGGAGCUCUUAAAGCGGCAGCCGAUUUGUCUGGUUGGGAUGUGAGGAAGACUGCUAAUGGGCAUGAAGCUAAAGUCAUAAAAUUUAUUAUUGAGCAUAUUGCACUCGAGUUACGUCCCAUUGAUAUUGGCGUUGAUAAAAAUUUAACAGGCAUAGAACAAAGAAUACAUGAUCUCAAUCCGUGUUUAGAGCUUGGUAUAAAUGAUGUUCGUAUGAUAGGGAUCAAGGGUAUGGGAGGUGCUGGGAAGACAACUUUGGCGUGGGCUAUUUAUGAUAAAAUAUCGUUUAAUUUUGAAGGUAAAAGCUUUGUUGAAAAUGUGAGAGAAAGAACCUCUCAGUUUGGUUUGAAUAAAUUACAAGAACAAAUCCUUAAAGAUGUAUUAAAUGAAGGCAUUAGUGUACAGGGUGUUCAAGAAGGGAGAAACAUAAUGAGAAAGAAGUUGUGUGGUAAAAAAAUUCUUCUUGUUCUCGAUGAUGUGGAUCAUAAAUACCAGCUUGAGAUGUUAGCCGGUGAUACUACUUGGUUCAAGCCAGGAAGUAGAAUUAUAAUCACAACUAGAGAUAGGCAGGUGCUUGAAGCACAUAGAGUGAAAGUGGUACUUGAUGUCAAUCUUUUAUCAGAUGAGGAGGCAAUUUGCCUCUUUAGUAGGCAUGCAUUCGGGAAAGAUAUUCCAAAUCAAGGGUAUGAAAGGCAUUCACGCAAAGUUGUAAGUUAUGCUGCUGGUCUUCCCUUAACAAUCAAAGUUUUGGGUUCUGAUCUAUGUGGUAAAGAUGAUAGCGAAUGGACAAAUGCCUUAGAAAGACUCAAAACAAUUCCAUUAAAGGAAACUCUUAAUAUACUGGAACUAAGUUAUGCAAACCUAGAGGACGACCACAAGCAAAUAUUCCUAGACGUGGCAUGCUUCCUAAGAUAUGAGGAGAAAGACAAGGCAAUAAGAAUCCUUGAAAGCUGCGGAUUUUACGCUAAAUAUGGUCUAAGAGUUCUUGAGCAAAAAUCUCUAAUCGUAACUUCAAUAAGAGAUAAUCGUGCAAUCAUAGACAUGCAUGACCAUCUAGCAGAAUUGGGAAGCAAUAUUGUACGUCGUGAGCAUGCAGAUGAGCCCAACAAACAUAGCCGAUUGUGGGUGCAAGAAGAGAUCGAACAUGUCUUGGCUAGUGACUCGGAUAGUGAAGCGGUAAGAUGUAUAGCACUAAACAUCACUCCUGAAAUUGUUUUGGAGGGUCUUGAAAAAAUGAACAAGCUUAGAUGUCUUCUUGUGAAGGGGAAAGAGUUUGACUACGAUUGUAUUAUUAAUGAAGCUUGUCAAUACUUUCCAAUUUCGUUACAAUGUCUAUUUUGGAGAGGAUACCCUCAUUGGCAUUUACCCAAAACAUUUGAAGCUAACAAUCUUGUUGCACUUGAAAUGCCUGAUAGCAAAAUCGAACAACUUUGGGGAGAGGGAAAGGUUAUGAAGAAGCUCAAAUUCCUUAAUUUGGGUUAUACGAAGCUAAUAACCCUUGACCUUAGGCUGACACCCAAUCUUGAGAGGUUAGAUCUUAGAUCUUGUGAAUAUUUGCAAAAACUUGACGUGCACAGUGGAUGUCUGAAAAGCCUUGUCUACUUAAACUUAAGUUAUUGCACUCUUUUGGAAUCACUUGAGUUUAUUGAGCAGUUGGAAUCACUUGAGGUUCUUGAUAUAGAUGGACAAGUAUACAUGACGGAAUUCCCGGAUUAUAUAACAACAGGGCACUCCAUCAAUAGUUUGCGUGAGCUUCAUCUUUUAUGCAAUAAGAUAGAAGAAGUACCCUCCUCAAUUGGAAAUCUUCAUAAGCUUGUCUCUCUAGAACUCAAUUGCCAUGGCAAGAUUCUUCCAAGAAGCAUUUGUAGUUUACGACAUUUGAGAACUCUUGCCCUUUAUUCAACAACAGGCAUAGAAGAACUGCCGGGGGACCUUGGCCAACUGGAAUGUUUAGAAAACCUUGAUUUAAGAUGUAUUAAAGUUAAACAUCUCCCUGGUAGCAUUUGUAUGUUGAAAUAUCUGAAAACGCUAUUUCUUUACAAAUGUGAGCUUCUUGAGAAGUUACCUGAGGAUGUUGGCCAAUUAGAAUCUUUGGAGAAAUUAGAUCUACUAGAAUGCACAAAUUUAAGAGAUAUUCCUAGCAGUAUUUGUAAGUUGAAACAUCUCAAAGAGUUGAAGCUUGUACACUGUAAGAGGCUUGAGAAAUUGCCUGACAAGCUAGCAGAUAUAGAAUGUUUACAACUGUUAGAUAUUCAGUGUACCAGCAUCACUCACCUUCCACCGACGCUGAAAGGUUUGAAAAUCUUCAGAUCUGAAUUUUACGAUCAAGUUGUAGUUGAUGAAAUUAUACUUGAUGAUUCUAUAGAUAAUGAAAUUACACACGAUGAUUCUAUAGAAGAUGAUUCUAUAACAAGUGCCAGCAGCCCUUGGGCCAUCUCAAAAGUUGAUGAUUUUAUACAUGAUGAUUCUAUGGUUGAUGAUUUGUAUGUUGGAACAUCUCAAAAGUUGGAUCUUGAAGGCUGGAGGAGGCUUCGGAAUGUUUACAAUAUACGAGCAACUGGCGUAACUCAUCUUCCGUAGAGCAGUUCUUCGUUGAAAGAAACAAAAGAAAAGAAAAGUCUAGUUAGUUAAAUCUAGAUGUCCCCAAUCGCAAAGAACGGGUACUCCCUCUCUCAGCUACCUUUAUUGAAAGUCAACAUAUACUGAAAAAUAGCACAUAUGUAAUCAAAUAUGAAUGCGUAACAUGUUACUUGGUCUUCUGAUCUCAUGGUGCUUUUAGUUACCUCACAUGUGUACUUUGAUCUAAUUUUGCUAAGUUAAUCACGGAUGUAUUAUUAUUGUUAAGUUGCGGAUCCAUGAAUGAGUCAAUCAAGAAUUCAAAAGUUUGACCACAUGAAUAUGCAACCCUUGUAAUUAAACCAUGCUUGUGU